UAUAAAUUGAAAAAGAAAGAAAACUUAAGUCACAUUAUAAAAAUUCGACAUGAUUAAAACAGUUUAUAUAAUUUUGCUCUUAACAGCAUGUGCUGCUUCAAGAUCAACAAAUUCCACAUCCAGGAUACUCGGUGGUACUAAUGUAAACUUAGGUGCAAUUCCAUAUCAAGCAGCACUUCAAUAUUGGGGGACAACAUUCUUUUUUGCUGGUGGAUCCUUACUUAAUAGCCGUUGGGUUUUGACAACAGCUCAUGGACUUUUUGGGCGUGCUACAAAUUCAAUUAAUAUUGCACUAGGAAUUCAUCGGCUUGACGUUGCAUUCACGACAAGGCAAAGUAUGGAAAUCAGGACACAUCCUUUAUUUAAUGUCGUUACUUUGGCUAAUGACGUCGGGCUAGUUCGAUCCUCUUUAGUAAUAGCAUUUACAACAAGCAUAGCACCGAUUGAUUUAUCUCCAACAUUCGUUAAUGAUGGAAUUCUUGCUAGAGUGUCUGGUUGGGGUGCUGUUAAUGGUGACAAAACUGGUGAAUCAGUUGUUUUACAAAGUACGAUGGUCACUACUGGUCCAUGUGUUGACACGGAAUUUAUGACGUUUACUCCAUCAAAUCAUUUUUGCGCUGGUGGCACUAAUCCAAGAACUGCUAUUUGUACUAGAGAUGUAGGUGGUCCACUUGUUCUUGAUAGCCAUCUAAUUGGAAUACCAUUUUAUCAUGAUCCACGUGCUUGUGGGGUUUUAUUGGAUGGUUAUCUGAGAAUUUCAUUUUAUCGAAACUGGAUCUCAGGAAAUAUUCCAUUGUAAAAUAAGAGAAUCUUAUCAAUAAAAUUAAAUGAGCUGUUAUAACAAGAACUAAUUUAAAAACAAUAUUUUAUUUAAGUGCACUAAGAUUAAAAUCAACUUAAUUACAAAACUCGAAUGACACAAGUCGGUUAU